GCGAGUGCAGCUUUAGAGUUGCGCCUCCUUCCUCCUCAAGCUCGUCAUUUGCUUUUCCUCCGGCAGAGAGAAAGAGGCAGGUAGAGGUAGGCUUUAAAGGAGACGGACAACUUACAGUAGGGUUUAUGAUUCCGAUCAUUGGAGAUAGAGAGGAGCUGGAGCGAGGAAGGUUCUUCAGAGUGAAAGAGAGUGAGCGAUUAGGAUUUCUGAUAUUGACAUUAAUGAAUUAGGGUUUUCUGAUGAUCGAAUUCCAUUCUUUGUCUCUACCGAUCCUCCGUUUCCCCAACCCUAAGCUUUUAACUUUUAAAGACAGAGAAAGUUCUUGAUUCUAUACUAAUUCUAGACGUGAUCGGCUAUGGACUUGGACGGUAACAAGCGUGUGUUCAGCAGACUCGGGAGACCUUCGAACGAUACGAAGCAACAGAAGGUGUGCUUCCAUUGGCGGGCAGGCAACUGCAACAAAUUUCCCUGUCCUUACUUGCACAGAGAAUUGCCCCCUCCAUCCUCCACUUCUAACGGUACAUCAUCCAAGCGGCCGCAUGGGUUCUCAGAUGAUUCGGGCUUUUCAAGGGGUUCAAAUAGGAGAAUCCCAAAUUUUAACCCCACAUGGGGUCGAGUGCACGGUGGUGGUGGAGGAGGUGGGGGUGGUAGAGGUGUUGUAAGGAAGACUGAGAAAAUAUGUACCUAUUGGGUUCAAGGGAGUUGUAAUUAUGGGGAGAAGUGUCGUUAUAUGCAUUCUUGGUGUUUGGGGGAUAGUUUCUCCCUGUUGACGCAGCUUGAGGGGCACCAGAAGGUUGUUAGUGGGAUUGCUUUGCCAUCUGGUUCUGAUAAGCUUUACACUGGCAGUAAAGAUGAGACUGUGAGGGUUUGGGACUGUCAAUCUGGGCAGUGUGUGGGCGUGCUUAAUCUUGGUGGCGAAGUUGGAUGCAUGAUUAGUGAAGGCCCAUGGAUUUUUGUGGGUUUGCCAAAUUUUGUUAAGGCAUGGAACACACAAAGUAACUCUGAACUCAGUCUUGCUGGACCUGUAGGCCAAGUCUAUGCCCUGGCUGUGGGUAAUGGUUUGCUCCUUGCUGGCACACAGGAUGGGACUAUAUUGGCUUGGAAAUUUAAUGCAGCUACCAACUGCUUCGAACCAGUUGCAUCACUCAAGGGUCACACUCUAGCUGUUGUAUCACUAGUUGUUGGAGCUAAUCGGCUUUACUCGGGUUCUAUGGAUCAUUCUAUCAGAGUCUGGAGCCUUCAGACUUUAGAGUGUAUGCAAACACUAACAGAGCAUACCUCUGUUGUGAUGUCGGUGCUUUGCUGGGAUCAGUUUCUUUUAUCCUGUUCCUUGGACCAAACCAUUAAGGUGUGGGUUGCUACAGAGAGUGGAAACUUGGAAGUAACAUAUACACACAAUGAAGAACAUGGCCUGCUCACCCUAUGUGGUAUGCAUGAUUCAGAAGCCAAGCCCGUAUUGAUGUGCUCAUGCAAUGACAAUUCUGUCCGGGCGUAUGAUUUGCCCUCAUUCUCGGAGAGGGGGAAGAUAUAUGCAAAGCAGGAGAUUCGGGCCAUCCAGAUUGGCCCUGGUGGACUAUUUUUCACUGGAGAUGGAACUGGUGAAUUGAGAGUAUGGAAGUGGGUUGCCUGAACCAACUGCCACCCCUUCAUGGCAAUUUUUAUUCCAAAAAUCUCCUGUGCUUAUUAAUUUUUUUCCCUUUUUUUAUUAUGUAACGGGCAAGUUUGCGGAAGGAAUUACAAGAUGAGAGUGGAAGUUUCGAGUUGCAGGUUAGCAGUAAAACCAUUGUUAUAACCCACCUUACAAUGUGCCAUAGUUCUAAGCACAGCAAUUUGAUCAAAUGAAAAUUUUAUGCAUUGUGCUCAAUGCUGGUGAAUAAUAGGUUUUGUGGAAGUAUAUUUUUUGGGUCUGCCUAACUGCCUCUUCUUUGAAAUGUUUUUCUUUUGCCUCGCCUCUCAUAAACAAUUUGCAGAAGAGUUUAUUCCCUUGAUUGUAAUUGUAAAAACUUGUAUUUAACAGUUCUUUAAGCAUUCCGCCCCAGGAAAAGUUAAUAGUCAUAAAGGUGACUUGAUGAA